AUGGGCUGGAAUCUCAAGCUGGUGAAUAGCGACGAUCGUCACGCCCUUGAGUCAACGACGCCGACGACGACAAAGACCGUCUCGACGGUCCUCAUGACCGAGCUGGCAUACCCAGCACACCGGGCGACGGCGACGGCGCUCAGCAGCACGACCUACAGCGUCGGUGCCAUCCUCGCCGCGUGGGUUGCCUUUGGCAGCUUCCGGAUCCAGAACACAUGGGCCUGGAGAACACCGACGAUGAUUCAAGCCGUCCCGUCCGCGAUGGUGCUUUGCCGUCUCCUGUUUCUUCCAGAAUCGCCUCGAUGGCUUUGGAGCAAAGGCAAGGAACAGACGGCGCUCGAAAUCCUCACCAAGUAUCACGGCGCCGGCAACGUCGACGACGUGGUCGUUCAGCACCGGUAUGCUGAAAUCCGCGAUACCAUCGAGGCCGAGAUCUCGCAGAACAAGAACCCGUUCCACCUCAAGGCGCUGUUCUCCACGCCGGGCAACCGAUGGCGCUCCUUCAUCAUCAUUUGGUGUGGGAUUUGUAAGCAAUGGAGUGGUAACGGGCUGAUUUCAUACUUCCUCGGAUCCAUGCUGAAGAGCGCCGGCAUCACGAGACAAAUCGAGACAACGCUAGUCACGGCGACCUCUACGGCUGGGAUGUGGGUUGUGUUUGUAGUCAUCACUGCCACCACCGGAGCGUAUGUCGAGGCGGGCAAUCGACACGCCAGCUUCACAACUGUUGCAUUCAUCUACUUGUACAGCGGCGUGCACAACCUGGGAUGGAAGGGCGCGCAAAUGCUAUACAUCGUCGAGAUUCUCCCCUACACUAUCCGCGCCAAGGGCAUGGCCAUGUUUUCUCUCGUCGCGGGUAUCUGCGGAGCUUUCAGCACCUACGUAAACCCGCUUGGCAUCGCGGCCAUUUCCUGGAAAUUUUACUUUUUCUACGUCGCCUGGAUCAUCGUCCAGUUCGUUGUCGUGUACUUGGUGUUCCCGGAGACCAAAGGACCUAGCUUGGAGCAGGUCGCCCUGCUCUUUGAUGGAAAUGAUGCUCAAGUUGGCCGGAUCAAUGCGGUGGCAAACAAGAUGCUCGAUGAGAAGGGCGGCGGUUUUGCUGUAAAGAUGCGAGACAACAGUAGUUAG